GUUAUUGUUGCGCAGCGAGCGAAAUAAACGGCCUUAGUAUCUCCAUAAAAAUAAAGUUCACUAUCCUUGUCGAUGGCUUUCUGUACGGGAAUUCAUGGCAAGAUCAUCGGGGGUUUAGUGAAUUAUUGCACAUGGAGAAAUUUGCAGGGGUUGGUUCAAAAAUGGAAUAUGGAGGUGUUCGGACAUAUUCAGAAAAGGACAAGGAUGAACAGAUGGAAGACGGUUAAGGUGGGUCUCAAGAAAGCUUAUAACCGAUUAGACUGGGAAUUUAUUGAUGAGAUGCUUCAAGAAAUUGGCCUUCUGAAUUCACUUCGAAGGGUGCUUAUGUACCACGUUUGUUUGGUUUCGAUGCAAUUGUUUAUAGAAUGCGAGUCUUUCAAGAGAUCAAACAAGUCCAACAAGUGAUGAUGAUUUACGGUGAUAAUGCGAAGGUUGUAGAUUUGAGAUUUACACAAGUUGAG